GAAAAUCAAAGAAAUUUGAUUUACGGAAAAAUACGGAACUUCCCGAUACCAAACGAGCAUGGCGGCUACGUUCCAGUUCCAACCGGUUUCAAGAAAGUUUGCUAGAAUACACAUUCUUACGUUUGGAAGAGGUCUACCAGAAAACAUAGUUCAUAAACACACUGGAUGCCAUCGACAGCAGCAAUGGGGACGUUGGCGGAUGAAGCCGCGAAACUGCUGGACUUCAAUCAGAAGUUAGACAUCAGUUUACUUGACAGCAUUGUAACAUGCAUGUAUACAGGGGAUGGUCAGCGGCAACGAAUGGCACAAGAGGUUUUAACUACCUUGAAAGAUCAUCCUGAUGCCUGGACUCGAGUGGAUACUAUAUUGGAGUAUUCAAGUAACCAGCAGACCAAAUACUACGCACUUCAGAUCUUAGAAAGUGUCAUUAAAACUCGUUGGAAAGUCCUUCCAAGACCACAAUGUGAAGGUAUCAAGAAGUACAUUGUGGGUCUUAUAAUUAAGACAUCAUCCGAGGCAUCCUCUUUAGAAAAGGAAAAGACGUACCUUGGGAAACUGAACAUGAUACUUGUACAGAUACUGAAAUAUGAGUGGCCUAGGAGUUGGCCAUCAUUUAUAUCAGAUAUUGUAGGUGCCAGCAAAACAAACGAAUCUCUAUGCCAGAAUAACAUGACAAUACUGAAACUUCUAAGUGAGGAAGUUUUUGAUUUCUCAAGUGGACAAAUGACACAGGCCAAGGCAAAACAUUUGAAAGACAGUAUGUGCAGUGAAUUUUCACAAAUAUUCCAGUUAUGUCAGUUCGUCAUGGACAAUUCCCAGAAUGCACCACUUGUUGGCUCAACGCUAGAGACGUUACUGCGAUUCUUAAACUGGAUCCCACUUGGCUACAUAUUUGAAACCAAACUCAUCACAACUCUCAUCUACAAAUUCUUGAAUGUACCGAUGUUUAGAAAUGUCACCUUGAAAUGUCUCACGGAAAUUGCAAGUGUUCAAGUGUCCCAGUAUGAUGAACAAUUCAUUCAGCUCUUCAGUUUUACAUUAACACAGUUAAAACAGAUGUUACCAGUAACAACAAAUAUUCGUGAUGCAUAUCAGCGUGGAACAGAUGAUGAACAAAUGUUUAUACAGAACCUUAGUCUGUUUCUGUGUACCUUCAUGAAGGAACACGCCCCUCUAAUAGAGAAAAAACCCGACCUGAAUGAACAUUUAAUGGCUGCCCUUACUUAUCUGAUCUCCAUAUCAAUGGUAGAAGAAGUUGAGGUCUUCAAGAUCUGUUUAGAAUACUGGAAUUCAUUAGCAGCAGAUCUGUACAGAGAGAGUCCUUUCUCUGCAUCAUCAUCUCCACUUCUGCUUGGUAAAACCCAUAAUGAGAUGCCCAUCAGACGACAGCUCUACAAUCCAGUUCUUUCAAGGGUUCGAAGAGUGAUGAUCUCUAGAAUGGCAAAGCCAGAGGAAGUUCUCGUUGUAGAGAAUGACCAGGGUGAAGUUGUGAGAGAAUUUAUGAAGGACACAGACUCCAUUAAUCUGUACAAAAACAUGAGAGAAACUCUUGUAUAUUUAACACAUUUGGAUUAUGCGGAUACAGAGGCAAUCAUGACAGAGAAACUACACAAUCAAGUCAACGGAACUGAGUGGUCAUGGAAAAAUCUCAAUACAUUAUGUUGGGCUAUAGGAUCUAUCAGUGGUGCUAUGCAUGAGGAUGAUGAGAAAAGAUUCCUGGUUACGGUAAUCAAAGACCUGCUUGGUCUGUGUGAGCAGAAACGUGGCAAGGACAACAAAGCUAUUGUAGCAUCAAACAUCAUGUAUGUGGUUGGUCAAUACCCUAGAUUCCUGAGGGCCCACUGGAGAUUUCUGAAAACUGUUGUCAAUAAACUGUUUGAAUUCAUGCAUGAAACACAUGACGGUGUGCAGGAUAUGGCAUGUGACACAUUCAUCAAGAUAGCACAGAAAUGUAGACGACAUUUUGUACAAGUACAGGUUGGGGAAGUGAUGCCAUUUAUUGAAGAAAUACUCAAUGGUAUAAACACAAUAAUCUGUGAUUUGCAACCACAACAGGUACACACAUUCUACGAGGCAGUUGGUAUGAUGAUAAGUGCACAGACAGACCAGGUAGCCCAGGAGCACCUGAUAGAACGCUACAUGUUAUUGCCAAACCAAGUCUGGGACGGCAUCAUUAACCAGGCAACACAGAACGUUGAAGUCUUGAAAGACGGUGAUGCUGUUAAACAGCUAGGCAAUAUUCUCAAAACAAACGUCAGAGCUUGUAAAGCUCUUGGGCACCCAUAUGUUGUGCAGCUGGGACGUAUUUAUUUGGAUAUGUUGAAUGUAUAUAAAGUGAUGAGUGAAAACAUUAGUAGUGCUAUAGCAACAAACGGUGAAAGUGUUACAAAACAACCGCUAAUACGCAGUAUGAGAACAGUGAAAAAAGAAACAUUGAAACUGAUAUCUGGGUGGGUGAGUCGAUCUAGUGACCCAUCCAUGGUAGCAGAAAACUUUGUACCACCACUGUUAGACGCUGUGUUAUUGGAUUACCAGAGGAACGUUCCGGCAGCCCGAGAACCAGAAGUCCUUAGUACCAUGGCGACUAUAGUCAACAGAUUAGAAAAUCAUAUUACAAAAGACAUUCCACAGAUAUUUGAUGCAGUAUUUGAGUGUACGCUUGAAAUGAUCAACAAAGAUUUUGAGGAGUUCCCAGAACAUAGAACCAACUUCUUCCUUCUCUUACAGUCUGUCAACACACAUUGCUUCCAAGCAUUCUUGAAUAUACCGGCAGCACAGUUCAAAUUAGUGUUGGAUUCAAUUAUCUGGGCAUUCAAGCACACUAUGAGGAAUGUAGCGGACACUGGACUUGACAUUCUUUACGUGUUGCUGCAGAAUGUAGCUGGAGAGGAGAACGCUGCACAGAGCUUCUACCAGACAUUCUUCACCGAUAUACUUCAACAUAUAUUCUCUGUAGUCACUGACAGUUCACACACAGCUGGUUUGACAAUGCAAGCUACAAUUUUGUCGUACAUGUUCAGUCUCGUGGAACGAGGGAAGAUCACUGUAUCAUUGGGUGGUAAUACAUCAACAGCAGCUGACAACAAUGUAUACAUACAGGGAUUCCUGUUGAACCUUCUCAAGGCAGCAUUCCCGCAUUUAAAUGAACCACAGAUAAAGAUAUUCAUUGAAGGGUUGUUCAGUUUCAAUCAAGACAUCUCAGCAUUUAAAGAGCAUCUUAGAGAUUUCCUGGUACAAAUUAGGGAGUUUGCGGGUGAGGACAACAGUGAUUUAUUCCUGGAGGAGCGAGAACUUACAAUCAAACAAGCCCAGGAGGAGAAGAAGAAGAUUCAAAUGUCUGUUCCAGGUAUCAUAGGUCCUCACGAGAUACAGGAGGAUAUGCAAGACUAGAGGGGCCAAUACUGAAACAUAAUUGGGGACACGUUAACCAAACAAAAAUGGCACAAUGUGAAAUGGGUUGUAAUCACAGUUUUAGACAGGCUGUUGAAAAUGUGCCGUUGGGUUUGCACUGGUUUGAAGGAUCUCGCUAGGAGUUAAGAGGGGUCCACAUAGUUGACUGUAUCAGUCUUUUGGAAGAGGUUGGUGAAAAGCAAAUCCACAUAAAAAGGAAACAUUUUUAUACGGUAUGUGGAAUGUGGAUUGGUGUUUGUCUCAAAAAUGGAGAGAACCUGACAGUAGAUGGAUUACAUUAUGGACUGGGUUCACAUUGUGACUGUAAAAACUACUAUGGCCAUAUGUAAUAAUACUAUUAAAUUAUUCUUCUGUGACAUGUGAUCUGGGAACAUUGUGAUGAAAGUUGAAGACUGUACAUUAAAUUGGAGUUUAGGCCGACAAGUUCGAGAUACCUCUGUUGGGAAAAGUGUACAAAAAUCUGUUGCAGGAAGAAAACAAGAUUCUUCUUGUGCAGAUUUUUAAUGUGCCUUGAUCAAAAUCCAAGGUCUGAAAAUUACUUUUAGCUUGAAAUUGGGCAUAUAUUCUUAUUUGAUAUCUGAACAGAAUUAAACUUUGAUUCAAAUGCAAAAUGCGGCAUUCUGACAGUUGCUUUAUAUUAAAGUAAUUUACAGACUUUUUCAUGAAAGAAAUUUUACAAUUUUCUUCAGAGAUAUCUUGUUAUCUUGGUGCAAUAAAUUUCAAUGUUGUGAAUGUGGAAACAGGAUAGAGUGUACAUUUGGUGCACGUGUACAGCUGAUGCACAUUUAUAUGAAUUGUAACCCCAUGCACUGAACUACAUUACAGUAUAUUAUAGUGUUUGAAUCUGCUGUUGAUAUAUUUCAAAUCUUGUAGUAGAAGUGCUGUGUACUGUACAACAAUAUUUAAAGUGAAGGUGCUUUAGUUUACUAGGAAUUUUGUUUCAUUUUUUCAUUUGACCAACAAAAUGUUCAUGUAUUACCAUGUGACAAUAUGCAUUUAUAUGUAUAAUAUGUCAGUGUGUGAGAUGUUUUUGGAAGGACUUUGUAUUGCAGUAAGAACAUGUACCAGGGUUUGUGCAGUCUUUAAUGAAAUAUCUUGUGUAAAGUAAAUUUUGUCCAUUUUUUGAGGGAAUGGUCCUUUAGAUAUGUCAUGAGCCUAAACGCUGUACAAAGAACAUGAAUGUAUUUGUUUUAGGAAUAAGUUUUAAGGUUUAAAAAUAAGUGAAAUGAGUGACAUUGGUUUGUUCAAAUUUUACAUGGGAUUACAUUCUGCUAUAUUUUAGAGAUUUUAUUGUCUGAAUGUCUGUUUAGGUUUUUGAUUUUGAAAAACAAGGAAUAUGGCAAACAAAGGCAUAUUCAUUAAGUAUUGAGCAGACUUAUUUGGCAUCAUUUACUGAAAUCCUUGAAAAAUGCAAAGAAGUCCUUAAAAACAAAAAGAAACACCAGAUCUACGGUCAGAUCACGGGGUCAUGAGUUUGAUCAUUGGGCAAGGCCAUUACAAUUUGAUAAAAGACACUGUGUCGGUAGUAAUUCGUCCUCCACCUUUGAUUCACAUGGGCAAGUCGUCAGUUACUUGAGGAGAACAGGUUUGUACUGGUUCAGAAUCCAGGAACACUGGUUAGGUAAACUGCUCUCCGUCACAUAACUGAAACACUCUUGAAAAAAAAGUGUUAAA